UUUUUUUUUUUUCAGCUGCAAGCUUACAGUGUAGAUGUUAAACGUUCUGUCCCUCAGUACCAGGGGAUUCCUAAGAUACCACAACGGUCAACAGAAACAGCUCCUCAAAAUGUAAAGGCGACGCCACAUAACUACACAGCCAUAGAGAUAACUUGGCAGCCACCAAAAGAUAAACCGCACGGCGAUUUGACUUACUACAUCUACUAUGGGCCCUUGACAAGUGGAGUCAAUCCUCGGCCAGUGGGUCAUACUUCAGCGAUGAGUUUUGCGGUGGGCAACUUGCAACAGGACAUUGUUUAUGUGUUUGAGGUGUCCGUGGGUUUGACGGGGAAGCACAGUGAUCCAGUCAAUUCCAAGACAUUAUUUGAUGCGGAAGAUGAGCCUGUACAUAGUCUGAAGGCUGUUGUUACCGAUUUCAGUACUAUUGUCCUAACUUGGGAAAAACCAGCGGGCGUAUCUUCAGAUGCCAUCAAAAACUAUACGAUUGAGGAGUCUUUCAAAAAUCCGAUGUCGGGACUUACAACAAAGGUCAAGGCAGACACUGUCGGCAAGGAAACUGCCUACACCUUCAACCACCUCUAUUUUAGUACCAGCUAUUCUUUUGUCGUAAAGACAAGAUUUUACAAAGGUGACCAGCUUGGUAGGGGUGUUACCAUCGUGAAAAUGACCGGUCCUUUCUCAGCUUCUGUUGGGCCCUUGCAGAAAACAAUUCAAGACAACACUGUCAUACUGUCUUGGUCUGCGCCACGGACAAUUAAUUUGAACAGAGGUCUCAAGAAUUACAACAUCUCUUGGACAUGUCCUGGCUGCUACUCUCAGAGGUCUGAUUCAAAAGUGUCAUUGAAGGACACGACAACCCACGUACCUAACCUGGAGCGGGACCAAACCUAUAGCUUCAAUGUUUACGCAAAUACCAUCUUUGGUCCUGGAGAGAUAUCCACCACAACAGCCACAAUAAGUCGCUAUUUCGGCCAAGUUCAAAAACUGAAACAGAACUUUGAAAAUCACACCUUGACGCUUCAGUGGGAUCAACCCAGUGAUGUGGAAGCCAAAGACAUUAAGCGUUAUUUAAUUUCUUGGUGUGACACCACAAAGUACAGGUACUGUUACAUACUCAAUAGCACAAAUGUCACUGGAGGUCAGACUCAGUUUAAGACACCUCUUUUCGCUGGAGACACCUACACGUUUUACGUUCGAGCUGUAACAGCUUAUGGAGAGGGAAAAGAGUCGAACUUACUACAUCUACUAUGGGCCCUUGACAAGUGGAGUCAAUCCUCGGCCAGUGGGUCAUACUUCAGCGAUGAGUUUUGCGAUGCGGAAGAUGAGCCUGUACAUAGUCUGAAGGCUGUUGUUACCGAUUUCAGUACUAUUGUUCUAACUUGGGAAAAACCAGCGGGCGUAUCUUCGGAUGCCAUCAAAAACUAUGAGAUUAAGCAGUCUUUCAAAAAUCCGAUGUCUGGACAUCAAACAACGGUCAACACACGCACUCUCGGCAAGGAAACUACCUACACCUUCAACCACCUCUAUUUUAACACCAGCUAUUCUUUUGACGUGAUGACAAGAUUUUCCAAAGGUGGUCUUGGUAAGGGCAUUACCGUCGUGAUGAUGACCGGUCCUUUCUCAGCUUCUAUUGGGCCCUUGCAAAAAACAAUUCGAGACAACACUGUCAUACUGUCUCGGUCUGCGCCACGGACAAUUAAUUUGAACAGAGAUCUCAAGUUUCAGCUGAAUGACAGUCACCAAAUGGCCUAUGUACACUGGGCAGCAGACGGCAGGGACACUAUUGUGGUGUUGACACGAGACAGAAAUCCAGGCUUAAACAGUAACAGCCACGUGUGGAUUUCAAGAGAUUAUGGUCAUACCUUUGAGAAUCGCACCAACUCAUUUAUGCAUGGUCGGCGAUUUGCAGUGAUUGACAUGUUUUAUGCUUCUCCAGUAAAUAACACGAGGUUUAACCCUUAUCAGCCUUGGCUGUUUCUGGCCUUCUGA